AUGUCAGAAUUGCAAGAAGAGCAAUCUCAUCAAAUUGCCUUUGGAUGGGCAGCUACAGAUUCUUCAGGAAUUCUCCACCCUUUCCAUUUCACUAGAGGUACAUUAAUGCCCUCAUUCUUCUUUAAUGAUAUUACAAUAAAGAUUCUAUAUUGUGGGAUUCGUCAUUCUGACUUGCACUUAAUUAGGAACGAUCUCGGAAUUUCCUCCUAUCCUAUUGUUCCUGGGCAUGAGAUUGUUGGUGUGGUAACUCAAGUGGGGACCAAAGUGCGAAAUUUCAAAUUAGGAGAUAAGGCAGGAGUGGGAGGCCUAAUAGGCUCAUGUGGCAGCUGUGAUCAGUGCCAAAAUGACUUGGAAAACUAUUGCCCUAAAAGGAUGCACACCACCACAAUCUUUGACAAUGGUGGGGAUAAAAAAUAUGGAGGAUUUUCUGAUAUUUUUGUUGUUGAUCAACACUUUGCCUUUUCUAUUCCUGAAAAUCUUUCUUUAGAGGGCGUGGCACCAUUACUUGGUGCAGGGAUUACAGUCUUUAGUCCCAUGAAAUUUUAUGGACUUGACAAGCCUGGAAUGCAUGUGGGUGUGGUUGGUCUUGGUGGGUUAGGGCAUCUAGCAGUGAAGUUUGCCAAAGCGUUUGGCAUGAAGGUGACAGUGAUAAGCACAUCACCAAGCAAAAUGAGAGAGGCAAUUCAACAUCUUAAAGCCGAUUCAUUUAUUGUUAGUCAUGACUUGAAGCAAAUGCAGGCAGCUAUGGGUACAAUGGAUGGAAUCUUUGACACAGUCUAUCCACAUCAUCCUUUGAUGCCAUUUCUAAAUCUCUUGAAGUUCAAUGGAAAACUAAUAAUGUUGAGCGGCCCUGGUUUGGAGAAACAAACAGAGUUAUCAAUUAUGCCCUUAAUUUUCGAGAGAAAAAUGAUUGCAGGAAGUUCAGCAGGGGGCAUGAAGGAGACACAAGAUAUGUUAACCUUCGCAGCAAAACACAACAUAACAGCAGAUGUUGAAGUUAUUUCAAUGGGUUAUGUGAACAAAGCCAUGGAUCGUCUAGCUAAAGGAGAUGUCCAUUACCGAUUUGUCGUAGACAUUGCAAACACAGUCAGGCCUCCAAAAUCCAUCAGCUAGUAAUGGGGAAUUCAUAACCAAGUUUUAGUUGUAUAAUUAGAAAGUGAUAUGUCUUUGAAUUUUUAAAAUGUUUUAUGUUUGGUUUAUUCUAAUAAUCAUACUUAGUACUUCUACCUUGUUACAUUCAGGUGUUUAUUAUGUGAAGAUUUUCGGCUCUAUAUAAUACAUAUAGGCCUAUGUUGUUUUAAGACUCUAGAGUAAAAUUUGAUAGAUAUGACACAUUGAGUGUCAGGUUCCUAAUGAUGUUAAGAUUUUUAAUGGAACCAUUCUCUCUUCCUAA